AUGUCCGAUGCCAAAUUCAGCGCGAUACCGCUGCUCGCUUUUGACCGGAUCGAUGAGGUCUCGAAACGCUCUUCCAUAGUGGUCCCGGUCGAUGAGCCAGACAACAACAUAGACAAUCUGCGAUCCAUCAUUCAUCAGCAUGCCCGAGAAGGUAACGCGGACGCAGCGGAAACGUUGCUAAACAAGCAUCCAGACCUCGUCAAUACAUCUGAUUUUGAUGGAUUAACAGCUCUUCAUUAUGCGGCGAAGUACGGUAAUCUGAAAGUGAUUGAAUUGCUGUUGAACCGUGGUGCAGAUGUGGAUGCGGUCUCAAAUCGGGAUCAGUACACUCCGCUGCAUAUGGUGGCGAAAUAUUGUCGAUCUGGAUCUCAGCAGCAGCGGAGUCGAAGUAAAGAGUCCUUGGUCUCGAAGUUCAUCGACGCGUCGGCACGACGAGCUCAAUCACUGCCGACCACCGAUCGCAGUCCCACCACCAACGAAUCCAUAACCGCUAUCGUGAAUUUAUUAGUGAAACGAGGAGCGAUUGUUGACCAUGUAGACGUGUACGGUAUGUCUCCGUUGCAUCAUGCCGCAAUGAAGAACAACGAAUUUGCAGCUCGUGCUCUAAUUACAAAUGGAGCCAGGGUGAAUAAAGGUGACAAGAAUGGCACCAUUCCGCUGUUGAUGGCAAGCGUACACGGUUCGGAUGAGCUCGUACGUCUCCUGCUAUCGGCUGGAGCUGACUGUUUAAUGGUGGACAAACGGAAGAACUCUGUGUAUCAUAUAGCAGCACUUCAUGGCAAAAACGAUACUCUUCAGCUAUUGAUUCAAUAUGGUAGGGAAUCCGCAAAAAAAUUGUUUUGGACGAGUAACGGUGAGGGGAAAACUCCUUUACAUUUGGCGGUGGAUCAGAAUCAUCCAACCACCGUCGCAACGAUACUAUCGAUGAAAUCAGAUGGAGCAGAGGUCAAUGAAAAGGAUAAAUGGCUACUUCAUAAUGCUGCGGGUAAAGGAUAUCUGGAAGUUGUUAAAACUCUAAUUGAGAACGGCUAUGACGUUCGUUUACAAGAUAACGAGAUGAAACUUCCACUUCAUGUCGCUGCCAGGUCGAACAGAGCGGAUGUCGUGCGAUAUUUGCUCGAACUUGCGCCGGACACCAUCGAUGUGCAGGACGAAUAUGGAAUGACACCGUUUCUCAUUGCCGUUUCUAUGAAUGCUCUUGACGCGGUCAAAGUUCUUGUCGAAUACGAAGCCGAUAUCUAUGAAAUUGAUCCAGACGGACGUACACCGGUAUUCAUUGGAGCGAAAUAUAAUGCUACCAAUGUUUUGUUGUAUCUUCUGGAGCUUUAUCGACAACACGAGUUGGAAACAGAAAUCCUUUGCACGGAUGUUGUGAAUCAACACGAUCACAAUCAAAUCACUCCUAUGCAUUUGGUCUGCUAUAACGGAUAUAUGGAAAUGGUGACGCUUCUACGCGAAUACGGAGCUCGUAUUGAUAUUAUGAAUGAGGAUGAGGAAAUUCCACUGCAUCUUGCUGCGGCUACAGGACAGACAGCAUGUGUGCGACAACUGCUGGAAUGGGAUAAACGACUGGUGAUGCAUAGAGACGAGAAUGCGAACACUCCACUACAUAUUGCAGCUAGGGAAGGUCAUGAGGUUACGACAAAGGUGCUUAUCGAUGCCGGAUCGGAUGUGCAGGCGAAAAAUUCACGCGAAGAGACCGCAUUGGAUUGCGCUGUAGCGGCGGGACAGCUGGAUACCGUUACCGUACUGCUUCACAACGGAGCCGUUAUCGAGAACAAAGGCGAUGAAAGAUAUUCCACUCCGUUGCACUUAGCUGCUGCUAAAGGCUACGAUGCAAUCGUUCGGCUACUUCUCAACUAUCGAGCAACAAUCGAUAGACGGGACGAGAACGGAAAUACUGCCCUGGAUUUAGCGAUUCUUAAUGGACAUCGAACAGUAGCCCAGGUUCUCGUCGAAUCAGAUGAUUGGCGAGCUGUAAUGGCACCUACGGAUAGCCUGCCGGUAGGUCGCCAUAAUCUGACCAGAAUGACACCGAUGAGGAAAUUGAUCUGUAAAUUCCCCGAUAUCGCCGAGAUGGUGUUUGAUAAAUGUGUGGAAAGCAGUACGGACAAUCCGAAGGACUACCUCUAUUGCGUACGUUACGAUUUUGAACUACUUGACGAUACGUAUAUGAUGCCAUCGAAAGAUGGAACGGAACUCGUUUCAACAAUCAGUCCGUACACUGACACUGGGAUCCUGAAAAAAGGAGCACAAGCAUAUUCGGAUGACUACGAUGUUGUCUACAGAAAUCAUCCAUUAAAGAUAAUGGCCGAAGCUGAGAAGCUUAGUCUCCUCUCUCAUCCGCUGGUGUUUAGUCUAUUAAAGUAUAAAUGGAACAGCCUUGGCAGAUACGUCUACUAUUUUGCUCUAAUUGUCUACAUCAUCUUUAUUUGCCUUUUCACACUGUACAUCACCUACACCCCCGCUCCAUUCAAUGUGUUCGAUGAGUCCAGCAAAGAAAUCGUCGACCUCAGCGCAAUCCUCUCAACGGCGGAUGCCGCAUGUCCGAAAAUUAAACUCACCCGUCAACCGUGGCUGGUGUCAGUUAAAUGGGCAGUGAUCAGUUUUGCGAUCAUCCAACUUUUAAAGGAGUUUUUCCAGUUAAUUACACGCCGUCUCCGAUAUAUCACUUACGAUAAUGCAAUCGAGUGUUUUGUUUAUACAUCAGCAAUAAUUGUAGUGACGGACACGUCUCCAUGUUCGGAAGAGACGGGAUUACGGAUGAACUGGCAAUGGUUACUUGCAGCUGUUUGCGCUUUUUUAGCCUGGAUGAAUUUGUUGUUGCUCAUCAGGAAGUUACCACGGUUCGGCAUCUAUGUGGUGAUGUUCUUCGACAUUUUACGAACAUUCUCGCGUUUCUUCCUGAUUUUUGUGCUGUUUAUCGUCUCCUUUAGCAUUUCUUUCUACGUAAUAAUGCAGAACAGGCCCGAGUUUUCAUCUGUGCCCUCGGCGGUGCUCAAAACAGCAGUGAUGAUGAUCGGUGAAUUCGAAUUCACCGCAAUUUUUCACGGUGAUGUAGGAUCGCAUCCGGAAAGGUUGUUCGGUCACGCCGUCGCCUAUCCAUUGUUCCUCUUCUUCUGCAUCAUCAUGACAAUUCUACUUAUGAAUCUUCUGGUUGGUUUAGCAGUAGACGACAUUAAAUCCGUCCAGGAGAAAGCGGAAUUGAAAAGACUGAGUAUGCAAGUCGAUCUCGUCCUACAAGUGGAAGCAUCGAUGCCGUAUAUACGUAAACUCACCUGUAAAUCAUUACAUACGGUGUUUCCGAAUCAGAAAACCUUCUUAAAACGUCUACGUAGUCGAUUUGGCUUCGAAUUCUCCGACGAAGCUAUGAUCGAUGAGGAAUGGAAGGAAAGUGAGGAACUUACCUCGGCGUUUCGUCAAGAGCUUCAAUCGCAAAGCGCACAACUUCGGAUACUGCAAUCGAACGUGGAUAAUAUGUAUGAGCGUCAAGUUCGCACGGAAGCAAUGAUUCGAGCCGUUUUGAAACAGUUGAAGAUAGACUUUGAAGAAUUCGAUGCAAAAUAA